AUACAAAUAAUUUUUUAAUUCUUCGUGCCGGUUGUAGUUUAUAUAAGUGCUUCGUAUUUUAGGUUCCUUUUCUCUAAUUUUACACAAUGGCAGGCGUCUUAUUUGAAGAUAUAUUCAACGUGAAAGAUAUCGAUCCUGAGGGCAAGAAAUUUGACCGAGUGAGCCGGCUACACUGUGAAUCGGAAUCGUUCAAAAUGGAUUUGAUUUUGGAUAUAAAUUCGUGGCUGUAUCCAAUGGAACUAGGUGACAAGUUUCGUCUGGUACUAGCUACCACCUUAAGAGAAGAUGGCUACCCAGAUAGCGGUGAUUGGAAUCCUCAGGGCUUAGAAAGUGAAGGUUCCAGGGCUGACAGUUUUGAAUAUGUCAUGUCUGGAAAGGUGUACAGAAUAGAAGGCGACGAGGCUGCUAUGGAACCAUCCAGUAGACUGGCCGCCUAUGUAUCGUUUGGGGGACUUCUGAUGAGACUACAAGGAGAUGCUAACAAUCUACAUAGUUUUGAGGUGGAUCAACACAUGUAUUUACUUAUGAAGAAGAUUUUUAUGUAAUGAUGAAAAGAAAACAAUGCCUUCCAAUUUUUAAGAAUAUUGUGUUCACUAGAAGUUUAAGAUUUUAUACAUAUGCAAAUGAAACUAUUUAUAAUUAAAUAACCUUUGGUACAAUAGAAA